GGAGAUAUGUAAUCAAUGACAAACCAAUAACAAUCCACCAACUACUGUCCCUGAAAACCAGAAGGCGGUGCACCUAACUUCCUACCAGAAGAUUCUAGAUUCUAGAAGCGAACAACUAUUUCAGUUUGUAAUUGUAAGUGAGAGAAUGUUCCAAAUAAGGAGGUUGCUACAACUCUCAAACAGAGUAUGUACGAGAAACCUUUACUACAUCGUCCAACAGGACACUGCUAAGACCAUCCCCACUAAUGAUAUCUUCAUCAGAACCUCUGACACAGCUCCCGCUCUAGCUUGUCACAACUACCAGGAGAUCCAGCAGAUUCUCAGCUCUGUGGACCAGUCUGAGCUUGUUUCUGGUACUUUUGUAGUGAACGCUAUGAUGGAGGGAGCAGCCAAGAAGUUAAGGAAGGAGCGGGGCGUGGCUACCUUCGCAUCCAAAGUCAGAGACACUAGCAUUCUUGCUGUUUGUGGGGCAGAUGUGCAUGGAGAUGCGUAUUCCGACGGUGCGACCAAGUGUAUUGAACCAGGAGAUAUAGAUGAGAUACAGGCAUGUGUGGAUGAAUAUGACGUAGUGGUGUGUACAACACGUGCGCUACAAGCUCUCAGACCUUUAGGUAGGAUCCUGAAGACGAAGAUGCCUCACGAGAGACGUGGAACAGCAGCUGCUACGAUACAAAGUGCAGUGAGACGAGCACAGCUGAACAUGGAAUGGGAGAUGAUUGACUCCGCAAACAAUCCCUCGUACUACAACAUAACACUUCCUCUGCUCAGGAGUGAUUUCCCUGUUAACACGAUUAGAGAUCACGUGGGUAUCAUGUUUAAAGAGAUCACUAACUUCUGCCCUGCUAAAACUCCUAAAGAUAAGUUUAUCGAGCGACUUGAGUUGAGCUGGUCACGUGAGCCUAUACAUGUGGAUAUUCGGGAACAUAAUGAUAAGUUGAAGUCUACAGAGGUUACAGUGCUGAAGAAGAGAUAUAGUCGGGAGGAAACUUGGGCACUGAGAGAGUCCGCUAAAAAUAAGGAGGAUUUCUUGGAGGAUGAGAGAGCUAAGAUUGGAGAAUUUUUGGAGCAGCGGUGGGAUAAGGUUCUGAAGGAAUGAUAGAGGGUGAAC